AGCCCUCUUAGCCCUGUGAGGCUACCAACAACCUAUAGCAAUGUGUGAUAACGGAGACCCUGAGGAUAAACCCCCUGCCCCUCCGGUCAGGAUGAGCAGUACCAUCUUCAGCACCGGCUCUGGCAAAGACUCACUCUCAGCCAACCACAGCUCUAAACCCCUGCCUUCUGUGCCUGAGGAGAGAAAACCUCGCAACAAGAUCUUCUCAAUCUUCCCCGGGGCGGAAAAAGGUGGUAGAAAGAAAGAUCGAGACAAAGAACGACCAGAGAUCUCUCCACCCUCAGAUUUUGAACACACCAUACAUGUGGGGUUUGAUGCUGUCACAGGGGAGUUCACUGGUAUGCCAGAACAAUGGGCUCGACUACUCCAGACCUCAAACAUCACCAAGUCAGAGCAGAAGAAAAACCCACAGGCUGUGCUCGACGUUCUUAAGUUCUACGACUCUACAGGCAACGGCCGUCAGAAGUACCUCAGCUUCUCAUCUUCUGAAAAAGACGCUUUCACCCCGGGGCCUCAGUCUCCUGUGAAAAAAGGCACUGAACCCUCUUCACCGAAUAUCAAAGACAUUGAUGAUGAUGACGACGAUGAAGCCCCUCCUCCUGUUGUGGCACCUAGACCAGAACACACAAAGAGUGUGUAUACUCGCUCUGUUAUUGACCCCAUCCCUGCUCCAAGCCACUGUGUAGACGGAGAUGUUGCCUCUAAGGCUGCGGACCGACAGAAAAAGAAGGGCAAGAUGUCAGAUGAGGAGAUCAUGGACAAACUGAGAACCAUAGUCAGCAUUGGAGAUCCCAAGAAGAAGUACACCAGAUAUGAAAAAAUUGGUCAGGGGGCAUCAGGAACAGUAUUCACAGCCAUCGAUGUUGCCACCGGACAGGAGGUCGCCAUUAAACAGAUCAACUUACAAAAGCAGCCGAAGAAGGAGCUGAUCAUCAAUGAGAUUCUAGUGAUGAAGGAGUUGAAGAACCCAAACAUUGUCAACUUUUUAGACAGUUUCCUGAUGGGGGAGGAGCUGUUUGUGGUGAUGGAGUAUCUGGCCGGUGGUUCACUGACAGAUGUGGUUACAGAGACCUGUAUGGAUGAGGCCCAGAUAGCUGCUGUCUGCCGAGAGUGUUUACAAGCAUUGGAAUUCCUGCACGCGAACCAGGUCAUUCACAGAGACAUCAAAAGUGAUAAUGUGUUACUCGGGAUGGAUGGUUCUGUCAAGCUGACCGAUUUUGGCUUCUGUGCCCAGAUCACUCCAGAGCAGAGCAAACGCAGCACCAUGGUAGGCACGCCUUACUGGAUGGCUCCUGAGGUGGUGACCAGAAAGGCUUAUGGGCCUAAAGUAGACAUUUGGUCACUGGGUAUUAUGGCCAUUGAGAUGGUUGAAGGAGAGCCUCCCUACCUGAACGAGAAUCCACUACGAGCAUUAUACCUGAUUGCCACAAACGGCACACCCGAGCUUCAGAACCCUGAGAAGCUGUCUCCGGUCUUCAGAGAUUUCCUCAACCGUUGCUUGGAAAUGGAUGUAGAGAAAAGAGGUGGAGGCAAAGAGCUGCUGCAGCAUCCGUUCCUGAAGCUGGCGAAGCCCCUCUCCAGUCUCACACCCCUCAUCCUGGCAGCCAAGGAGGCCAUGAAGGGCAAUCGUUAGCUGAUGAAACUAGCUACCCUGCCUUCCCAUGCUGUGCACAGAUAUGUGCCAACCAUUUAGAUUUCGUGCCAGACAAUAGGCUGAGAGUGACUCGCCACUCUUGAAGCACCAGCCUUAUAAGCCCUGACAAACCUCACUGUGAAGAAGACCAAAAAUAUAGAGCACAACUCCACCGCUGUCCAUAUGAACUCUAUUCUCACUCAGACGUCAGAAGACAAGUCAAACUAAAGUCCUUAGUUUCAGAGUCAGGCGUAGUUAUUUUGUACAACAAAUCUCCUAGUGACAAGUUAGGGCUAGGCUUGUAUUUAACUUGGAAUGAAGAAGAUGCCUAGUUCUAUUUAGUUUUUUUUAAUCAACUGCCUUAAACAAAUGCAAAAUGUUGCCUAAUGUAUUGUUGAUUGUGUCAAUGUUUCUCUUCCCAUGAUUUUUACUACCUUUGUAAUUUACCUUUUCAGCUUGUCAGUGUCUUAGUUAUUUUGAUACUUGAAUUUCAUAUUUGUCCCCCUUCUUGUUAUAUAGUUGGUCUUAUUCAAUGAACACUCUUGCUAUUUCCACAUUGACUCAUGUUUUAUGGACAUUUUCUCUUACCGGUUUUUAUAGGAAACAGUACAUUCUUCAUCAUGAACAUGUGCUGUGAUUGUGUCGUUCAUCGAUUGCCACACCUGACAGACUUACUGUACCAGUUCUUCCCCUGUAUCAUUAGUCUCCUGAUACCAGAGGUGCACCUUACAGGCAAAUUAAAAUGUUAGAUUGACAGGGUUUAUACUUUCUUCUUUAUUGUUGUUAUUAAAAAUGAGUAUUGUAUGUCGAA